AGUCAAAGUCCAGUACACCUGCACACCUGAGUAAAGCCACUCCUUUCCCAGAACGCAUCAGAGAUGGUUGAAAAGCAGAGGCAGGGAAAUGCUUUGAAACCUUAUUCAGCUCCAAUAUUUAACAGCGUUUUUCACAUUCAUUCAGGUUUUGUUUGGGAGGAUUUCUGACAUCAGGUAGCUUUUUUUAUACAUGUGUGUUUGUGUGUGUUUCUUUCCCCUUUUUGUCUUUUUUUGGUUUUACUUAAAAGACAGAGCAGAACUGCCUGGAAUUUUUUUGGAGCCCACAUAAGUGAUGAAGAUGUGGUUCAUGAACAUUAUGAUGCUUCUCUUUUUCUGCUUUGAAUCCUCAACUGGCAAUGUCACAGUGCAAUUUAACUCUAGGAACUUCCAUAACAUACUCCACUGGGAUCCUGCAAAGAGUGAUUUUCCAGGGCAAAGGUUACUCUAUAGUGUCAAAUACAGGAGUGACGAUAGCGAUCAGUCAUACAAGAUAAAAGACGAGUGUCAGAAUAUCACCGCCCUGUACUGUGACCUGACGGCCGAAACGCCCUCAGUUUAUGAUGUUUAUUACCAGGCUAAGGUGUUGGUUAAUGGUAGAACUCACGGUUCCACCAAGACAAGGUUUAAACCUUCAGAACACACCAUUUUGGGUCCACCCAUCUUGUCUACAUCCACAACAGAGUCAUCUCUGUUUGUUAAUGCCACCUUGCCUGUGGGACCAAAUGGAGUCUCCAUUGCAGACAUCAUCAUUAACGGCAGAAAAGUGCCAUCCGAGACUAAAUUUAUCUAUAUUUUGAAUUUAAUCUAUCCAGAUGGGGCUGCAAUGCAUGUUGAAAGCCACAGUGGUCAGUUCAUCAUCGACUUAAAGAAGAAGUCUUACUACUGCGGCACUGUUAUCUACAAACCAUCUUCUAAUUGGGGUCGCCCGAGCAGUGAGAGUGCCUCCUUCUGUGUGACACUGCCAGAAAAUCCGUGGCUGCUUCUGCGAUGGCUUCUCUUGAGUGCGGCUGCUGUGGUUGCCUUAGUCAUAGUAUCAGCUGUGUGUACGUGCAAAUAUGUGAAAGGUGGAAAGUCAAAGAGCAUGACACAAGCACUGAAAGAGGCAACCGCUUCUGGAGCGCCUAAGAUACUGCAGGAUCCAGAUAAAAAUCUUGUAAUUUCUCAAGUCGAGGUAUGCCCUCACAUGGAUGAAACAGUUUAUGCCAAAAUCCAGAUGAAUAAAAAUGGGUCUUCAGUUAGGAAUGGAGGCUAUUCCCCCCAGGACAUCCCUUUCCCUCCCUGGCAAGACCACACUGGCUCCUCUGUGGACACAAGAACACGCAGAACUCCAAAUCCUGAGGACACAAGUGCCCAGUCCUCUGACAUCUACAGUUCUGUGGCUGUUCUACCUAAAGAGGACAAUGACAUUCAGCAGGUUGUCACUGAACGUGGAGAAGUCGUGCACCACUUGAUCGCACGCGAUGCACGACCAUUACCUGAUGCUGAUUCUUGUGACAGCAACCCACAUGGGAAGCUGCUGCUACACACAGUGCGGGAUAUCAAUGGACAACUUGUGUUGCCUUUGCUCAAUUUUCAGUUACAGAGCAGCAAUAGUGAUGCAAUAUGCCCAUCAAACCAAGAGAGAAAACCUCUCCUAUCAGACCUCAUACCCUCUAAGGAUGAGUCAUCAUUAGCUUCUUUGCUCAGCUUAAAUAGCUCAGAGUGGUCCGAUUCUGGAUGUGAUAAUAGCACUGCAACGACACCGACCCACUCAUACUGCAACACACAUUUUCCUCCAUCUCAACCACUUAUUCCAGAUUCUGACAAGGAAUGUGAGACUACACUAUCCAGUGAUGUCUCAUUUGAAUCAGGAUACAAAGAAAACUGGAUGCCUAAAUUAUGUAAUGAACCUUCUAUUAUAGACAGUUGCAGAAGGACAGGCUACAUGUGGACCUGCAAUGGCUCCAAAAUGGAAGAAGAUGAUGAUGAGGAAGUUGAAGACCAGGGGGAACUACAGAAAUCAAGACCAAUUUUCCUGGGAAGUUGGACAAUAAGAAUCCAAGAAUAAUAGACUUUGAUUGUCUCCUGACCCCCACCCAGCCAUCGUGGUCCUUGAAUAACUGUAGAGAACAUUUCUCAGUAGCAUUUUGGUUAUUUUUGACGGGAGGACUGACAGGUGCUUUGGAGGCAGGACCCCAGUAGAUGGAUGGGUUAGCAACACGCUGUGUUGUUCAAGAUGAAGAACUGCCUCUGAAUUGUUAAGUACAUUUCACUCCUAUGUGUGGCAUAUUGUGCUUUUUGUAUCUAUUUUUAUUUAUUGUCUGACAAUUGCAAAAUAUUGGUAGAAACCAGCUUUAAAAGCCUGGGUGCAUUUGCUGUUAUAAAUUCUGCCACUUUUUAGACACUUUUUAGCCAAACUUUACCUCCUUCCUAACUGAUAACAUCUGUUCUGAAUAUGUUAUUGUGUAAUGUGUAAAUUUAAGUGAAAAGAUGUCAACAAACAUCUCAUUUCUCAGUCAGUGAAUUUACAAAGAAUGUGAAAUAUGCUAUAAAGGGCAACAACAAAAAAGUUGAACACUAUUAAUAACUCCCAAAACACUAAUGACGCAGAUGAGCAUGCAUGUUCGUGUGUUAUCGCUAUGACAACAUGUUGUUGCAACUUAAUGCAAUCCCUAAAUACACAAAUCCAGUCUGGUCACUUUUAAAUUACAAUGUGGAUAGUCAGCCUUAAAGAUUAGAUGGGAAAACAAAUGUGAUUGCACAGUGGCUGAACACAACAGCAGACUGAGCCCGACACUUAUUGUCACAUAUUGAGGUGUUUAAAAUGGGAGUAAAAUGACUGAAUGUCUGCAGGGCAACAAUAUAUUCCAUUUCGUUUCUCAUCAGCAUGUUUCAGUGUUAACAGAGAUGUAAAAUUCAUGAAAUGGCUACGUUUAUGUAUCUAAAAAUACAUUUUUUUUCUGUAACUCGCAGUGUUUACGAACUCAAUGUUUGCUGUUCUUCCAGCAGAAGGAAACAGACGGCGUCACAUAUAUUAGAAGCUGGCGCUGGUUUCAGCCCACGCCAUGUAGAUAACACUGAGGCUUUUAAUAGCGUCAAUGCAGACUUUUAUAUACACCUAUAAAGUAAUAAUGUCAGGUGUGUUGAAACCAUGUGAUGUGAGUCACAUGUGAACUUUGUACAGCACAUUUUAGACAUCUGUCUGAUGAUACAUAACCUGCCUGUAUUCUUUAUUUACACUUUGUAAAUUUCUACUUACUCUUUAUGUUGGAAAUUCAUCUUUGCAAGUCUGAGUAGCAUUAAGAGAUAAGAGUUUAAUAACAACCAUUGAGUAACAUGUUCUACAGUAAAAUUUGUUAAAGUGUCAUUUUCAGUUUUGAGUUAUUACUGGAAAUUAUUAAAAUGUCUAUAUACUGGCAAACUUAGCAGAGACACAGUACUGUAUUAUGCAACAUUGAUUGGGGAAAACUCUGAACAUAUUCUGAAUUCCAACUUUUAAGAAAUGUUUUGAUUAAUUGGCAUUCACUAACCAAAACUCUGGUUAGACAGUGCUUAUGUAAUGUGAUAAAAGCAUGCCAGCGAAAUAAAUUUGCACCUGUUUUGUAACAUACUGAAAGUUCUUGCAACGUGCCGUACACAUUGACCUCAUCAGGUAAUAAAGAGAUGUGGAUGUUGCAAAGAAUCCAAAGUACAACUCAA